AUGUUGGCUACCAGGGUCUUUAGCCUAAUCAGCAAGGGAGCCAUUUCCACCUCUAUGUGUGCGCGAGCACGUGAGAGCGUGGUGAAGAGCGAUGACUUUGCUUUCCCCAGGUAUGUCAACCGGCGCGACUACCCAUUGCCUGACGUGGCCCAUGUCAGGCAGCUGUCCCCCAGCCAGAAGGCCCUGAAGGAGAAGGAGAACGCCUCCUGUAGCAACCUGACCAGGGAUGAGAAAGUUGAGUUGUAUCCUAUUCAGUUCAAUGAGAGCUUUGCUGAGAUGAACAGGGUCACCAACGAGUGGAAGACUGGGGUGGGCGCAGCCCUGUUCUUCAUUGGCUUCACCACCCUUGUUCUGAUCUGGGAGAAGCACUAUGUGUUCGGCCCCAUCCCGCACAUCUUUGAUGAAGAGUGGGUGGCCAUGCAGACCAAGAGGAUACUGGACAUGAAGGUCAGCCCCAUCCAGGGCUUCUCCGACAAGUGGGACUAUGACAAGAAUGAGUGAAAGAAGUGAGAGCCCGCUGC